AAAAUUUAUCGAAUGUAUGUAUGUAUAUUAAUUAAGAUAGUUUUAAAAUAUUAUUUUUAAAAAAAUGAAGCUAAUCAAUAAAAUAAUAUAUAUAAACCAAAGAAAAAUGGAAGGGAUGGGUUAUAAAUAAUAUUGGGCCGAGGCGGAACCGGGAAAACAAGUCCAGGUGAUUCCACGGCUAAGUACACAAAAUUUCCAUUGAAAGCCCUAAACCUCGCGAGAGAGAAACCUUCCGAGUUCCGAUGGCUACCACCAACGACCUCCAUGGCUCUGAUAAUUCCUCUAUGGGUAAAGAUUAUUUGAGUGAACAGAAGACAUUUGCUCCUUGAAAUAAUGGAAAGGACAGUCUUGCUGCUGAUUGGCGUUUUAUCAUCUUUUGUUGUCUUCUGGUUAUCUUUAUUUGUCGGGACCGUGCUAAGUGUUUAAUCUCCAUUAGUACUCUUACCUCAAUUCAUUAUCAAGGCAUUAGUUGAUCCUCCUUCCACAAGUAUUGAGUCAUAUACUGUGAAUGAAAUGCUUAUGGAGUCAACUAAGGAAGGAUCUGCUCAUAUGGGUUCAGAGGGAAAGACUAAUGACACAGAAAUAAAAGCACGUGUUGAUUCCAUGUGGGAGCAAAUGAAUAAAGGGGUGUCUAGAAAAACACUAAAAGGUUUGUCAACCAAACGAUCUCCAGCUGUGAAUAAAAACUCAAAGAAGCCAUCCAAUAAUUGGAUUGCAUAUCUUGGUAUGACGUCAAAGAAGCCUCAAGAAAAAGAUAUAUUAUCAGAAGGAUCCGAGGUUCUGCAGAACAGUUCUACUGAUGAUGCUAGGAUGCUUGCUGCUACUGCUCUCUCAGCUGUUAGGGAUGCUGCAGCUACCAUUUCUUGCAGGGGGAAAGUUGAGAUCACAGAGAUUAGGGACUUUGCAGGCCAAAAUGUUGAAAUUAAAAAGUUUGUAGAUGCUGAUUCAAAAGAAGCAUAUGAGAAAAUGAAGGCACCUCCUACUUCAGCUGUUGAUGUAGUCUUGGAACAAAUCAAGAAGAAACAAAAGCUUAGUGUACUUGACAAGACGAAAAAAGACUGGGGGGAGUUCAAGGAAGAGAACAAGGGUCUGGAAGAGGACUUGGAUGCUUACAAAAAGAGCUCAAACCAAUAUCUUGAUAAAGUUUCCUUUUUGCAGCGAACUGAUUACAGGGAGUUCGAACGAGAGCGGGAUGCACGGUUGGCUUUGCAGGCCAGGAGGAGGCCUGAUAUGCGAGAGGACCCAUAAUUUAAGCCAUUGUCCGAAGCUCUGUGAAGAAUGUGCCCUAAUUUUUUAGGUUCUGAGAAUUUCUUGUGCGGAUCAUUUUCCUAUAAAUCGAUAAGAAAGAAUUCCUGUAGCGCAGUUGUUUUUCAUUCUGUUGUGUAUAGAUAAAUCUUCGAGCUUCGGUUAUUAAAUAUUAUUCAUUUGGUGGGAAGUGUACAAUCUUCUUAACCAUACUGUUGUCCAAA